AUGCAUGGCGGAUGCUUGGCUGUUGCGGGCCGCUUGCGGGUCGCCGUAGCCGGCGCGAUUCCACGAGGUCGACAGCGCUCUCCAGCGGCCGAUUUCAGCUCGCUGGCACACAGUAGCCUCGAUAAGGUCUCACUUGACGCCCAUGGAGGCGGCGUCGUGUCUUCUAGACACGAUUGGCAGGUGCUGUACAACUACGCGAAGCACCUCUCCAACGACCGCAACGAGCUAACGCGGAGCAAGUGCAUAACCUUGCUGCUGACCCUCAGUCAGAUUCUGCUGGAACAGAGCGUGCUGCGCGGCCACGGCGCGCGUGUAACGUCGACCUACCUCUGGAAUCACUGCACCGCCAGCCUUGCUCCCACGCCUCGUCGGCAUGCACCCACCAGCUACUCCGUUGAGCCGUCUUCCCUGUUGCGCUAUCUGAGGUACAUGGCGAGGCUGCGGCCGUAUCACCGUUUGAGCGUGCUGCGCGACGGGCCUGCGCCCUCUGAUGAUGUCGUCAGCCGUGGCAGUUGCGCCACGACGCCGCAGGGAGGGGUGGGCUACGCCGGGCUGUUCAGCCGUCUGAUGGGCGACGACGUCUCACCAUGUUCCGUACGCCGUAGUAGAAAAGUGUCGGGGUCGCAUAUAGGCCCGCUCCGCCUGCGCUCAGACCAGCUCCUAGCCCACCCAGGCAUUUUCAGUUACCCCGUCUACCUUGAGCUCAUCGGCGACGAGCACGUUGCCGCUCCCCCGGCCGAAGGCGCCGCUGCUGCGCCAGAUGCCGCUCUCAUUUUACAGCGGAGCGUCGAGCAGCUGCUCGAUCGCCUGCGUGUCCUCUACUUGGGCCACGGCACCCGUGGUCAGCAGUGCCUGGUCCCAAUGUUCACGGCCGUCAUGCUCUACGGCCCAAAACUUAAGCUAAGCGGGAACGCCGAGCUUGACGGGGCAUAUCGCAAACUCCACAGCAGCCUGUCGAAUGCGGCAAUCUCCACGGAAGGUGCCCCCCCGCUGAGUUUCAGGAGUUUGGCGUACCUGCUCAACAGCUGCCUGCACACGGCCGACACUGCUCCCAUUUGCGCUUUCGCAGAACGCAGGAUAUCGGAAUCGGCGGAAUUGGUGCCCCUGGAGUGGCUGGAGAACAUCUGUUUUGCGUGCUCCAAGAGCCGGUACCCGCACGACACGCUGUAUGAGGCGAUGUCACGGCACGUUUCGGCCCAGGCGGACUCCGCAAGCCCAGUGGUUUGCUUGAACCUGCUGUGGAGCUUCAGCCGUGUGGGCAGGGCCCACCUGGUGGGAAAAGCUUUAGAGCGCCGGAUCGCCGAGUUGGGGCCCGGCGCAUUCGCGCACGUGAACCCUGCAUUCCUGCGGCGCGCAGUGGUUGCGCUGGAGCCGCACGUCGCGGAGUCGACGCUGCAGACUAUUCGGUACAAAUGA